GAAUCUGCACAAGAAACAAAGGAAAGUCAGAGGAAGCUGGUUCGUUUCAACACAGUAGAAGAAAACAAAGAAAGCAAAAAAAAAAAAAAUCAGGUACAAAUCUGAGAUUUAAACUUGUUGUUGGGUGAAAAUGCAGAAUCAACAAGUAAUUUCGGUGUUUGACGGGAAGAAAUUUAACUUGUGGGUUAUAAAGACCAGAGUUCUACUUAAGUCUAGAGGGUUGUGGAAAGUAGUAAUUGAAGGAAUCCAAGAUGAGCAUAAAAAGAAUACAAAUUGGGAGGAGUUAAAAGAGAAAGAUCAGGCAGCCUUACAGUUGUUGUGUAGUGCUGUCUCAGAAGAAAUUCUUAGUGAUUAUUUGUCUGAUACUAAGACCUCAAAGGAUGCAUGGGACGUGUUAAAGCUGAGAUUCGAAGAAGAUUCAAAAGGAUCAGUGACACAAGCUGCAAAGACAAAUAAUCAACAAGAAAGUUCAUUCACUGCCACACAUGAUCAAGAUGAAAUUGAUAAAGAUAUUUGGGUGAUAGAUAGUAGAGCUACAAGUCACAUGGUCAAUGACAAAAGCUGGUUCACUGAAUUAGGCACUAAUACAAGAGCCUGGUUAAAUCUGGGAAGUGGUGAGAUAGUUCAGGCACAAGGAAAAGGUACUGUCUCUGUAAUAACAGAAUCGGGAAAGAGGAACAUGAAGGAUGUCCUUCUGGUACCUAGUCUAACUCACAACUACCUAAGCGUGCAACACAUGAUGGAAAAUGGUUGCAAAGUCAUGUUCAAAGAGCUAAGUUGUUUAAUUACGAAUCAAGAAGGAAAACAGAUACUGGAAGCUCCUAUGUCUGAUGGAUGGUAUUGCAUUAAGUUCGAGAAACCAAAAGAAGAAGGGCACAAAGAGCAGAAAAAGAUAACAAGACCUGAAGUUGUUGAUAAAGAUUGUGAAGAUGUUGAAUCUGUAAAACUGCAAAAGAAAGAAAAAGAACAGUCACUAAGGUGUGUGACUGUGGGACUAAAUGAUCUUACAGAGAAUCAUGAAACUCAAGGAAAUGAUACGCAUAAGCAGAAGACAGGCAAUGAAACAAAGAAGCAAGAAGUCAUGAAUGACUUACUAAAAUACACUUAUGAGGGAGAAUCAGCCAAUGUGCCACAAAAGAAACAUCAACCUUUGAUGGAAGACUGCCUGAAACCAAAAUUCAUAAAUCAACAAGUUUUCAAUCCAAGCGAAGGUUUUGAAAAGAAGGUCUACAAACUUGUUGGUCAUCAAACCAAGAGGGAGAAGUCUGAGAUAAAAGGAUACAUCCAUGAUGAAGCCAAGGUUAGAAAAGAGAAAAGUUCAGUCACUAUCAAGAGAGAAACUGAGCUUAUUGAUGGAGAAUGUGAUGACACAAGUCAGAGAAUUGAGAAGCACAAGACGGGGGUUAAAGAAGAUACCAAACAGAGAGACAAAAACUUAGCUAAGAAGGAACAAUGGUUUUUUGAAGAUGCAGCUGAUAUGGGCGUAAAGAAAGGUAAUGAGAAACAAGAAGCAGAUGUGGGGAAGGCUCACGAAACUGCAAGGCAAGAGAACAACAAUGGUUCUCAGAAUCGAACAAAGUCAAUGAAUACAAGAGUCGCAGAGAAUCAUAAACAAAUUGAGGAAAAAGAGGUCGAGUUACCGUUGAGAGUAGAGGAGAAAACAGACUUUAGCAAGAGUGAGAAUCAAUACUUUGAUCCAACCAAAUGCCUAUCGCAUAAGACUGUUCAGAGAGGAGAGAUUCAACGAUCAGACCAAAUCAAGCAAAACCAGAAUGAAAGCAAGAAAGAGGUAAGGAAUUUACCUUUAUUGAUUGAGCUGAAAAGCAUCGAGAGAGAGCUCGAAGAUAAGAAUUCUACACAAAACAAUCUGCAAGAAAAAGACCCUGAGAAAUCAGUUGAGGUUGAAGAGAGACAGAGGGAAGGUAUUAAGUGCAAGAGGGAGAUUGAGAUAAGGAAACUACCUUGGUGGGAUGAGCAGAAAAUCACAGAGAAAGAGAUUGACAUGAAUCUCGCACGAAAGCACCUGCACAAAAGGGAGGUUCAAGUCUUAGCUGAGAUUGAUAUAAAUCAGAGACAAAUCGACAUGGGAAUCAAACAAGAGGAACGGUUGAUUUUGAAAGAAAAUGGAGAAGAUAUGAAGAGAAAACAGAUUGAAGAGAAAGCUAGAAAGAAGAAUCAAGAGGGAGAUCAAUUCCUUAAGAACAAGAGGAUGAGUGAGAGGAAGAUAAAGAACUCACACGCAUGGGGCAAGCUGGAUUUCGUCAAAGAGGAAAUUAAAGACAUAAACUUCGCACAAAAGAACUUGUAUAAGAAGAAGUGUCAAAAAUCAGCUGUGAUGGAAGAGAGGCAGCAGAAAAUUAAGAAGAAACACAUGCUAGUGAAAUCUAGAAAGAGGAACAAAGAAAAAUCUGAGAUUAAAAAGAACAAGAAAAUGAGGGAGAAGAAGAAAAAGAAUUUACUUGUGUGUAAUGAUUUGAACUAUCUUGGAGAAGAGACUGAUGGUCGGAUUCAUGCUCCUGGGUAUAUGCAGAGGAAGAAGCCCCAUGGUUCUGUCAAGGUUGAUGAAGAAGAAGAGAAAUCUGAGAUGAAUAACAAAUUUAAGAAAAAGAUGGUUUUGCAGGAACUGAGAGGAUCUACAGAAUUUGGAAUGAUGAGGGAGCUAGUGAUGUUACCAGCAAGGAUAACAAAUAUUGUGAAACAAAUUUGUUCAUGGAGCAAAAGGUUCUUAGGAGAAGUACAAGGUGAAAAAGGGAUCAAAUCCCUGGAUUGGAAUUUGGUAAUUUUGGGGAUUAAUCAAAAGAUGAGAGAGGGAGUGUUGGAAUCUCAUCUUUGAUUAAUCUGUUACAAAGAAUCAAGUACAAGAAGAAGAGAGUUAGAAGAAGAAGUUGCAGAAGGAAAAAGGAAGAAGAAGAAUCGUUGAAUACAUGAAGAGUCAAAGGGGAAGAGAAAGUCUUAUGUUUUGUGAUGUCAAAGAAGGCAAGAGGCCAACUGGGCCAGAAGCAUGUCAAGGCCCAAACUAAUUGGGUUAUGUUGAUUAAGGCUUACAAAAGCCAUUGUCUAAGUGAAGUAAUGUUGUGUACUGUUUAAGUAGGUUAAACCUCAACUGCUAUAAAUAUGUUGUUGUAAUGAUGUUAUCAAUUAAGGAGAAUGAGAGGUUAAGCAA